UGGAUCACCUCCAGACCUGCAGCAGCCAAUCAGAUCCCUCCUCUGUGCGUCCACAGGGUGACAGAAGUACGAGGCUUCACUGACGACCAGAAGGACCAGUACUUCAGGAAGAGGUCCAGAGAUGAAGAGCUGUCCAACAGAAUCAUCUCACAUGUCAGGACGACCAGGAGUCUCCACAUCAUGUGUCAAAUCCCAGUCUUCUGCUGGAUCAGUGCCACAGUUCUGGAGCACAUGUUGACCUCAGAGCAGACAGGAGAACUGCCCAGAACCCUGACAGACCUGUACUCUCACUUCCUGUUGGUUCAGACAAAGAGGAAGAAGAAGAAGUACAGUGGAGGACCUGAGACUGGUCUGUUGGACGGAGAUGUUCUUCUGAAGCUGGGGAGGCUGGCGUUUGAACAUCUGCAGAAAGGAAACAUCAUGUUCUACCAAGAAGAUCUGGACCAUUGUGGUCUGGACGUGACCCAGGCCAUGGUCUACUCAGGAGUUUGUACUGAGAUCUUCAGAAGAGAGAGUGUGAUCUUCAAGAAAACUGUCUACUGCUUUGUUCAUCUGAGUGUUCAGGAGUUUCUGGCUGCAGUCUACUUGUUCCACUGCUACACCAACAGGAGGACACAGGUACUGCAGGACUUCAUUGACUUCAGUACAUAUGACCCUUCACUGAAUCUGUUCCUCAGUAAAACCAUGGAAAAAUCCCUCCAAAGUAAAAGUGGUCACCUGGACCUGUUUGUUCGCUUCCUUUAUGGUCUGUGUCUGGAGUCCCACCAGAGAAUCUUAGGAGACCUGCUGGGUCAGACACACUACAGUCCACAAGUCAUUCCAGAGGUCAUUGAAGACCUAAAACGUAUGGAGACGUCCAACGUCUCUCCAGACAGAAGCAUCAACAUCUUCCACUGUCUGACAGAGUUGAAGGAUCAGUCAGUUCAUCAGCAGAUCCAGGAGUUCCUGAAGUCAAAGAACAGAGACCAGGAACUCUCUGAGAUCCAGUGCUCAGCUCUGGCCUACAUGCUGCAGAUGUCAGAGGAGGUUCUGGAUCAGUUGUACCUGAACCAGUAUAACACAUCAAAGGGGAAACACAGACUGAUCCCAGCUGUGAGGAACUGCAGGAAGGCUGGACUGAGACGUUGUUACCUCUCAGAGACUGACUGUGAAAUUGUGGCCUCAGCUCUAAAAUCCAGUCCCUCACAUCUGAUAGAACUGGACUUGAGCGACAACUCCCUGAAGGAUCCAGGAGUGGAUCAUCUGUGUUCUGGACUGAAGAGUCCACACUGUGGACUGAAGACUCUGAGGUUGAAGGGCUGCAGUUUGUCAGAGAUCAGCUGUUCUUCUCUGGUCUCAGCUCUGAAGUCCAACCCCUCCCAUCUGAGGGAACUGAACCUGAGUGACAAUGACCUUCAUGAUUCAGGAGUGGAGGUUCUGUGUGGUUUUCUUCAGAGUCCACUCUGUGAACUGGAGUCUCUGUGGUUGGUGAGCUGCAGGUUGUCAGAGAUCAGCUGUUCUUCUCUGGUCUCAGCUCUGAAGUCCAACCCCUCCCAUCUGAGGAAACUGGACCUGAGGUUGAACAACCUUCCUCAUUCAUCAGUGGAGGUUCUGUCUGAUCUAGUGAAGAGUCCAAACUACAGACUGGAGGAUCUGGAGUCAGUAUAAAGUGUCAUCUUCUCCUCAGUAUUGUUCUGACAUCACUUUCUUCCUCAAAGUUAAACAUUGUGCAGAUGUUAACAGAUAUUUGUGAA